GGGGGGGGGGGUCGGAGGUGCUGGAGAAGAAGCUCAGAUGGCGACGAGGAGACGUACAGGAGUGAGAUAGAUCGGCUGGUUGAGUGGUGUCUCAACAACCACCUCACACUCAACGUCUGCAAGACCAAGGAAUUGAUUGUGGACUUCAGGAAGGGGAAAUUGGGAGAACACACACCAGUCCUCAUUGAGGGGUCAGCAGUGGAAAGGGUACAACUUGAGUGCAGAGCAGGAACUGGAGAUGUCGAUGCCUACCAGCCUAGUACCAUCACGAUUUCUGACACUCAUGGCUCAUUUUCUCAUAGUAGUCAAUAUCUUCUGGUCCAGGGAAGACAAUGUGUUGGCUUGUCUUCCCCCAAGCUACACCCUUCACCAGUAUCAGAACCGUGACACAGAAUUAAUUGUGGCAUUGUCACUGACUUUGGGCAUGUUCCUAAUUGAGCUGCUGGGCUUCUUCUCUGGAGUUUCCAUGUUCAACAGCACCCAGAACCUCAUUUCUGUUACAGCUCAUUGCAGGGUUCCAUCUGUCUGUCCUUCUUUUGUGUUUGAGAGAUGGGAGUGCUGGACCUACUGGUACAUCUUUGGAUUCUGCAGUGCUCUCCCAGCAUGUAUUGAAAUUGUCCUCGUGGUUGCAGUAUUUGGGCUGAGGAAGAAGCCAUUAUGAGUUUUCUGCACAUCCUCCCUGAACAAACUGGAGUAUGGCCCUGGUGUGGCAGUAGAAGAUCACUCAGAAUGCAGUGUGCAUUUGGCAGUGGGUGUUUAAGACAUAUAUGGAAUUUCAGCAUAAGACUACAUUAUGUUACAUGGAUUUCUCCUACUCCAUUGUAGACAUCCUAGUCUCUGACAAAACAUAUCUUGUUCUCCAUUACAGAAUGUGUACAUCAAAGUUUCCAUGAUAAAGUGUGCAUUACUUUUUCCUUUACAGAAUGUCUACAUCUUAGUCUUUAUCAUGGAAUUUUUCUGUCUCUUUCCCUGUUAUAGGAUAUAGUUCUGACACUGUAGGUCACAGCCUGGCUCUCUCAUAUCCCUGCCUGGUAUUAGCCCAGGAGAAGGCACCCUAUCACUGCUUUAUUUACUUAUUUCCUCCGAUAACUUGGCAAGUUUGGACGAAAGUACUGUAGAAGUAUGCUGUCUAAGGGAAUAUCAACCUUGCUCCUCUGUUGGAUGUUAGUAACUCUCAUUGUGGUACUGAGCCAGCAGAAGAACUCGAUCAUAGAAGUUCAUCCACUAUAAUUAAUCUCUGUUGAGGGAGGCAUACAUCAGCCAGGGUUCCAGUUCCUAAAUUCUCUGCAGGAAAGCCCAGGUGUAUUGAUGUUAAGACAAGAUUGUAUGUUAGAAACCAAAAGCUUGCUGUGUAUCCUGUACGAACUCCUGACUAGGCACUCAGUACUGGGGUCCCCUCUAGCAACAGAAUUGGGUUAUUGUCAUUAUCUUGGUUCACAGACGAAAAAUGUACACCUGGGUUAAUAUUGCACACUCUUAACAACAAGAGGAAAACUGGAACGGACAAAUAAUAAAUCCUGAGUCAGAUCUGGCAGUGAAACGUGUAUAGUUAUCACUACUGGCAGUCUGCUUUCACUAGAAUCUGCAAUUUUCUUUUGCUACUUCUCCCAUAUGUGUUAAGUAUAAAGGAAAGUAACCAAAGUGUGUGCUCUGAGCCACAAUCACGGUUCAAGGGUGUACAGGCUGAGAGCCAAAGUAUCCGUGCUGCUGUUGAGCACUGACCCCUGCUGGAGCUGGGGCUUGCUGAAACGAGCAGCUUUAAGGUCUUCAUCUGUAUUUAACUAACCUGGGUGUGCUGCAGUUGUGCUCAAAGGCAUCUACGUUGGCCCUCCGUGGCUUUUGACAGCUUUCAAGGACCUGUAAUAUUUUCUGAGUAUCUUGCACAAUAGGUAGGGGUGGAUCGGGUUGGGGGGGUGGUGGUGGCAGGUGAGCAUAGGCAAUAGACAUAGUGGAUGUGUCAGUUGUGGGGGUAGAGGUGCCUAGUGGUUUGUAGGAACUGGGAUUAGAAGAAAAUAAUACAGAUUUGGAGCAAGUGUACUUUGGGGCCCUGGUUAAUGUCGUCCCUCAGCUCUGAGGACCAAGGCUGCUUCACUGUGCAGAUUUAUUUGCUGUUGGAGUUUGGGUGUGCCUUUGAAAUUUGCAGAUUAUACUGGGUCUACUUAAUUCUUUGGAAGGCCAAAGGAAGUUAUAAAUUAGGUAAAGUCAGGGAAUAGAUUAAAAAUUGGCAAUGCAAAUUUAGUGCCAGUCAGAAAUUUUUGCGGCAAUAAAAAAUAUAGCAAUAAUUGUACUUUCAAUGGCAGUUUCCAAUGUGGAACAGUGAGGUUUUUAGCCCAAGGUUACUAUAAGCAGCACAGCAGUCUUGCAAGGCUGUGGAGAAAGCUAAUGUUGAUGAGGUAUUCCAUGAUAAAGUUAAGAUGAUGAGACUGCAUAUCAAAUAAGGAAUCCUCCUUGAUUUAUCUUUCAAUGCAAUUGAUCCUACUGUCCUUGUCCAACCCUCUUGAUUAUGUUUCAUCUGGAUGGAAUAUUCAUUCUGACCUAAACAAUCAUAUUUAGAGAAUUAUCUGCAAUGCUUUUUGUUCCUGUUGCCUACAAAGUUAUCAAAGACUUAUGCUUGCCCCCAUUAUUGCAAAGUACUGCUCCUUGGCAAUAUCAUCCAAAGAUACCCCUUCUCCCACAUAUGCACUGACCCCACCUCUCAUCAUCUCCUCACAGUCUCCAGAUUGAUUGCAGUGACAUCUAAUACUGGAUGGUAGAAAGUGUUGGAAAGGGCAAGCAGUUAUUGUGGGUCCUUGCAACAAGUUCCAUUUUCUGGGCACUGACUCCUUCUCAAUUCUCAGCAGUUGAGCUGAAUACCCUGCCUUUGUUUUGUAAUUUAUCCUCCUGGAGACACCUAACAAAUUCUGCCCCAUCUAAACCUCUUGCACUGAGGAGGUCCCAGACUAUAUUGGGGAAGUUGAAGUCACCCGUGACAACAACCCUGUUGGUUUUACACCUUUCCCUAAUCUGCCUGCAUAUCUGUUCCUCAAUGUCCUGGUGGCUACUGGGGGAUCUGUGAGUGAUUGCACCUUUCCUAUUUUUGAGAAGAUUGGAAUGAAGAUGCAAUGGUACAGACAGCAGGAGAAACUUCUUUACUAUGAAAUUCAUUCCCAGUUGAAACAGAAACUGUGCCAACAUUCCUGAUUAGAUUGGUUGGGUGGAUGAAGGAAAAAUGAUCGAGGAGUUCAUGGGUGAGUGUAAUUGGAAUUAACAAGUGGUGGAGUAGUUGAGCAGAAUACCCUGCCUUUGUUUUGUAAUUUAUGGGACUGUGCAGACCUGGCAGUUUUGGGCUGAUAUACAACGUGCUGUUCAACUGGAGAUUUUACUCUUCCAGUACACAGAAGAAAUGGUCUAUUUGAGAGUUACCAGGUACAGUGGGCUGUGUUUCUUUGGAAUUUUAUAUUUUAUUUUGCAGAUUUGAACAAAAGUGCUUUUUGUUGUUGCAGAUAAAUGUGAUACUUGUUUGUUGAGUGCUGGCAUGUAGUUUGAAAAUAAACACA